CCCUUAUUUAGUUGAUACCAAAAAUCGUUAGAACUUUGUAAAGCAACUGCAGAUUAGAUUAUAUUAGAUUAGUGCAACACCUCCAGCAGCAAGACUGUAGCAAUCCACGUCAAGAGAGGGCGACGGCGACUCCACAGUCCACAUCGACGCAGGUCAUGUAAGUAGUGCGAAUAUACACGGGUGAAAAAGGGUUGAAGCAACAUAAACUGUUAGCUAUCAUUCCAAGACAUACAAGUGUAAUUGUUGAGGCUUUGUUGUACGCGACAUGGCUGAUAAAAGGAAAUUCAGAAUCUUGAUGGUGUCUGAUUUUUUCUAUCCCAACUUUGGGGGUGUGGAAAAUCAUAUCUAUUAUCUGUCACAAUGUUUGCUGAAGCUAGGCCAUAAGGUUGUGGUGAUGACUCAUGCUUAUGAAAAGCGGUCUGGUGUGAGAUAUAUGACAGGUGGCUUGAAAGUCUACUAUGUGCCAUGGAAACCAUUCCUAAUGCAGAACACUUUGCCAACAUUUUAUGGGACAUUUCCUAUAGUAAGGACUAUUUUGAUUAGAGAGAAAAUAUCGAUUGUACAUGGGCAUCAAGCUUUCUCAACUCUUUGUCACGAAGCUCUAAUGCAUGCACGCACCAUGGGAUAUAAAGUUGUCUUCACCGAUCAUUCACUGUAUGGCUUUGCAGAUGCUGGCAGCAUUCACAUGAACAAGGUAUUGCAAUUCACAUUAGCAGAUGUGACCCAAGCCAUUUGUGUUUCUCAUACAAGUAAGGAGAAUACGGUUUUAAGAUCUGGCCUGCCUCCCGAGAAGGUUUUUGUUAUACCCAAUGCUGUGGACACAGCAAUGUUCAGACCAGCUGCGGAGAGACUGAGCUGCGAUGAAAUUAUUAUAGUUGUGAUAAGUAGAUUGGUUUACCGAAAGGGUGCUGAUCUGCUUGUUGAAGUAAUCCCUGAAGUAUGUCGGCUUAAUCCAAAAGUUCGUUUCAUUGUUGGAGGCGAUGGACCUAAAAGAGUGCGACUGGAAGAAAUGAGAGAGAAACACUCUCUCCAAGAUCGAGUGGAAAUGUUGGGUGCAGUUCCUCAUGCUAAAGUCCGUUCUGUCCUGAUUUCCGGGCAUAUAUUCUUGAACAGUUCCUUAACGGAAGCAUUUUGCAUAGCUAUAUUGGAGGCAGCUAGUUGUGGAUUAUUAACCGUCAGCACAAGGGUUGGAGGUGUACCAGAGGUUCUGCCUGACGAUAUGGUUGUGCUUGCGAGACCUGAUCCUGAUGACAUGGUAAUAGCAAUUCAAAAGGCUAUUUUCAUGCUUCCUCAGAUCAAUCCACAAGCGAUGCAUCUUCGAAUGAAAAAGCUAUACAGUUGGCAUGAUGUUGCAACAAGAACAGAGAUUGUGUAUGAGCGUGCUUUGAGAUGCCCCAAUCAGAAUCUUUCUGAUCGACUUUCACGGUACCUGUCAUGUGGUGCAUGGGCUGGGAAGCUUUUUUGUUUGGUUAUGAUAAUAGAUUUUGUCUUGUGGCAUCUCUUGCAGCUAUGGAAGCCUGCUACUGAUAUUGAAGAAGUACCUGACAUUGUUCUAUCGUGUCAUCAACAUACGGGGACACUACAUAAAGAUUUGAUUGAAUAAUGAUAAUUUUAUUGUAUAUUUUAAAACCACUUAAAGAAAGAAAUACAAACCAUUGGAGGUUUUAACAAUGUGGAUUGAGCUUCAACAGCUGCAGUUGGAGUUAGUUUUCCUAAUCUCCAUUCAUUUUCUUUAACAUCUGGUGGUUGUGUAAUUUCUUAUAGUAAUAUAGAAGUGAAUUUGUUGUGCAAUACUAAACCUAUUUAUUGGACUCAUUUCAAUUUCUUAUUCAAA